AUGCAGAUGCUUUCUUCUCUUGAAAAGAUAAUGGCUUUGCCAGAUGACACGCACAUAUACUGUGGUCAUGAGUAUACACUGAGCAAUUCAAAGUUUGCAUUGGCAAUUGAACCUGGAAACAAAGCACUUCAGUCCUACGCUGCACAUGUAGCCCAUCUUCGAAAUAAGUGCUUACCAACGAUUCCAACCACGCUGAAGAAAGAGAAGUUAUGUAAUCCAUUCCUUCGCACUUCAAGUAUGGACAUCCGUCAAUCCUUAAAUGUCCCAACAAGUGCCAGUAAUGCUGAAGCUUUGGGUGCCAUCCGCAGGGCAAAGGAUAACUUUUAG